CCCGGGAAAGCGAGGCACCCGAGGCAGGCCCGCGCCCGGAGGCGCCGGGGAAGCAGGCCAGGCCCCGCGGCGGGAGCGGGGCAGGAACACUCCCCUCAGCUCCGCUAGGCUCCCUUUAGGCACUUCGCGCGCCGAAAACUUACUGGCCGCUUCCGCCUCGGUGCGACGUGCUGCCGUAACGCCGUGCGUAACUUCCCUCCGCUUCCUGUUGGCCUGCGCGCCGUCGCACGGCGCCCUCUCGAGCCGAGCCGAGCCGAGCCGAGCCGGCGCUUUCCCGGCUCCCCCCGCGCGGCGCCGCUCCGCCCUUCCCCCCGCCCCUGCUGAAAGCCGAACCGGAGUCGGCCGCGCGGCCAUUUUGUUCCCAGCGCUGCUGGAACCGUCGGCCGCGGCCGCAACGGCUGGCGGGCCUGGGAGCCGCCCGCGGCGGCAUCGCUGGCCGGUUUUUAAAAGGGUUUUUAAUCCUCUUGGGGGGCUUCGCGCCUCGGCCCUGUUUUAACCCGCCAUGUCUGGAGAGGGAGGCGCCGUCGACCAGGCUGCUGAAUAUGUCCCAGAAAAAGUGAAGAAAGCCGAAAAGAAACUAGAAGAGAAUCCAUAUGACCUUGACGCUUGGAGCAUUCUCAUUCGAGAGGCACAGAAUCAACCUAUAGACAAAGCCCGGAAGACCUAUGAACGCCUUGUUGCCCAGUUCCCCAGUUCUGGCAGAUUCUGGAAACUGUACAUUGAAGCAGAGAUUAAAGCAAAAAAUUAUGACAAAGUGGAAAAGUUAUUUCAGCGAUGCCUUAUGAAGGUUUUACACAUUGAUUUAUGGAAAUGUUACCUAUCCUAUGUACGAGAAACCAAGGGGAAGCUACCUAGUUACAAAGAAAAAAUGGCUCAGGCAUAUGAUUUUGCUCUGGAUAAAAUUGGCAUGGAAAUCAUGUCAUACCAGAUCUGGGUGGAUUACAUCAAUUUUUUGAAGGGCGUAGAAGCUGUAGGAUCUUAUGCAGAAAACCAGAGGAUAACAGCCGUCCGUAGGGUUUACCAGCGUGGUUGUGUGAAUCCAAUGAUUAACAUAGAGCAACUCUGGAGAGAUUAUAACAAAUAUGAAGAGGGAAUCAAUAUUCACUUAGCUAAGAAGAUGAUUGAAGACAGGAGUAGAGACUAUAUGAAUGCACGACGUGUUGCAAAGGAAUAUGAGACAGUUAUGAAAGGUCUGGAUCGCAAUGCUCCCUCUGUCCCCCCACAAAAUACCCCUCAGGAGGCUCAGCAGGUGGACAUGUGGAAGAAGUAUAUCCAGUGGGAAAAGAGCAAUCCACUCCGUACAGAAGAUCAAACUCUCAUAACAAAAAGAGUUAUGUUCGCAUAUGAGCAAUGCCUUUUGGUUCUGGGACAUCACCCAGAUAUCUGGUAUGAAGCUGCACAGUAUCUUGAGCAAUCCAGUAAGCUGCUAGCUGAAAAGGGGGACAUGAACAAUGCUAAACUUUUCAGUGACGAGGCUGCUAAUAUUUAUGAAAGAGCGAUCAGCACUUUAUUAAAGAAGAAUAUGCUGCUUUAUUUUGCAUAUGCGGAUUAUGAAGAGAGUCGAAUGAAGUAUGAGAAAGUACACAGCAUAUAUAACAGACUCUUGGCUAUAGAAGAUAUUGAUCCCACUCUGGUUUAUAUCCAAUACAUGAAAUUUGCAAGGCGAGCAGAAGGCAUAAAAUCUGGAAGAAUGAUAUUUAAGAAAGCAAGAGAGGAUGCCCGGACCCGCCAUCAUGUCUAUGUUACAGCAGCUUUAAUGGAGUAUUAUUGUAGUAAGGAUAAGUCUGUGGCCUUUAAGAUUUUUGAGCUAGGACUGAAAAAAUACGGGGACAUUCCAGAAUAUGUACUGGCAUAUAUCGACUACCUGUCUCACCUUAAUGAGGACAAUAAUACAAGAGUUUUGUUUGAACGUGUUUUAACUUCAGGGAGCCUCCCACCUGAGAAAUCUGGAGAAAUCUGGGCUCGGUUUUUAGCUUUCGAAAGUAACAUUGGUGAUCUAGCUAGCAUACUGAAAGUUGAAAAACGGAGAUUUACAGCGUUCAAGGAAGAAUAUGAGGGUAAAGAAACAGCUCUGCUGGUAGACAGGUAUAAGUUCAUGGAUUUGUACCCUUGUUCUGCAAGUGAACUUAAGGCUCUUGGUUAUAAGGAUGUCUCCCGUGCCAAGCUGGCAGCUAUAAUUCCAGACCCUGUGGUUGCACCUUCCAUUGUGCCUGUUCUCAAAGAUGAAGUAGACCGAAAACCUGAAUAUCCCAAACCAGACACUCAACAAAUGAUUCCAUUUCAGCCAAGACACUUAGCACCCCCAGGAUUACAUCCUGUACCCGGUGGUGUAUUUCCUGUUCCACCAGCAGCUGUAGUUCUAAUGAAGCUCCUGCCCCCUCCUGUUUGUUUUCAGGGUCCCUUUGUUCAAGUGGAUGAACUCAUGGAGAUAUUCAGAAGAUGCAAAUUGCCAGAAACUGUUGAUGAAGCUGUAAGAAUAAUUACUGGAGGCCUACCUGAAAUAACUGUGGAAGGCAAUGGACCUGUGGAAAAUAAUGCUAUGCUCAAUAAGGCUGUCAAGAGACCAAAUGAAGAUUCUGAUGACGAUGAGGAGAAAGGAUCAGUAGUUCCCCCUGUUCAUGACAUUUACAGAGCACGACAACAGAAGAGAAUCCGGUGAAACAAGUCUGGAAUUCUACUGCAAUAGACAAAGACUUGUUUUGAAUUUGUCUUGUCUCUUAAAAGUCAAGCAUUUAAAAGGGACAGCUGCAAACAAAAAAAAUCUUGAAAUGGUUUUGUUACUGUGGUGCCUCUUCUCCCAUAUUGUUCUUGAACCGAAAACAGAGAGAACCAAUCUUAGAAUGUGCUCUGAACAAAAUUAGGUUUUCAAAAACAAAAGUGCAAAAUGACUAAACUGCAUUUUGUUCUUUCUUCAAGGAUGUUCACGUCAGCCACUUGAAAUCUUGUGGGUUUUCAACAGUUUUAUUUUAAAAACUGGAUGGCUUAUAAUUGUGAAGCAUUUUUAAUUCACACUUUCUGGAAAACAAUUGUUCUCAGUUUGUUCAUGUAGUGUCCUGCCUUAUUGUUCGUUUUUAUUUAUGGCAGAAUGUAUGGAAUCUGUUUUGUAGUUGAAAAAUGGAAAAACAUUCCUUUAAAAUAAAAGGAUAUCGAUAACAUCA